AGAAGACAGAUUCUGCCUACUGCUUUGCUUGCCGUGUCUUUGGUAAAAACUUGAAGCAUGAUGUAUUUGUGAGUAGUGGAUACAAAAACUGGAAAAAGGCACUCAAAGCAUUUCACAAACAUGAGGGGACUCAGUCACACAAGGAUUGUAUUGUCUCCUGGAAAAGUUACAAGGCUAGUGCAUUACAGGGAAAUGUUAUACAGCAGAUUGAAGCAGCAAAUGCUGAUGAAAUUAGACAAAGAAGGGAGUAUAUGCGACGUAUUGUGGCUGUGACCUGCAUGUUGGGGAAGCAAGGGCUACCAUUAAGGGGUAAUGAUGAAACAGCAGAAAGUCAUAAUAAGGGCAACUUCUUGGAAUGCAUGGGGCUUUUGCAGAAGUUUGAUCCUUUCUUGCAGCAUUACACUGCCCCAUCAAACAGCACAUACCUCUCCCCUGUCAGUCAGAAUGAAAUGAUAGAGUGCUGCUCGAAAGAGGUGACAGCAACUUUUAUCAAAGAAAUGCAUGAGUCAAAAAUAUUUGCCAUUAUGGCGGACGAGGCCAGAGAUGGACACACAGAACAGCUAGCAAUUUGUGUGAGGUAUGUCACUGAGGGAACAGUUAAAGAGAGAUUCCUGUCCCUGACAGAGCUGAGAAGUUUCGACGCAAAGUCAAUAACCGAGGCAUUAGAAAGAAAAUUACAAGAAGAAACAUACGAUGGAGCAGCAGUUCUGAGUGGAGCAGCUGGAGGUGUUCAGUCUCUUUUCAGGGAGAAGCACCCUGAGGCUAUAUAUGUUCACUGUUAUGCUCAUGAGUUGAAUCUUGUCUUGUGCCACACAUGCAGAGGGAUUACUGAGGCCGCAGAGUUCUUUAGCCUGCUGGAAAGUUUGUAUUCAUUUUUUUGUGUUUCCCUGGUCAGCCACCACAAGUUUAAAGAAGCACAAGCAAAAUUAGGAUUGCAACCAUGUGAACUGGUGCAGCUGUCCAACACACGGUGGGCGUGCCAGCUUCACUCAGUGAAUGCUGUGCUUGAAAAUCUGCCUGCCAUCAUUGAUUGCCUCUCUGCCAUCAAUACAGCAACUGCAGUGGGGUUGAAAACAAAAAUAUGCAAAUUCUCAUUUGUGUAUUUGUUGAUUCUUUUCAAGGAUCUCCUAUCUGUAGUAGCAGGCUUGCACAAAUAUCUCCAAAAAGAGACCAUUGACCUUCCCCAGGCAGUGGCAUACAAAGAUGCUGUGUGUGACUCCUUAAAGCAGAAACGCAGUGAUCCCACUGCUGCAGAUAUAUAUGCUAGAGCAAAGGCAGUGUGUGAAGAUAAUGACAUUGUAGUUGAGGAGCAACCUUCUGGCCAGAGACAGAAAAAAAAAAGGAUGGAUGAUUUUGUUGUUGAAACAACUUAUGGUGCACAUAGGAGAAUCAGCAUAGAUGCCGAACAAGUCAAAACAAAGUUACUAUAUCCAUAUCUGGAUAGAAUGAUAACUGAACUGGAGAACCGUUUUUCUGCUGUAAAUGGCGCAUUGCUGCAAGGUAUUCAAGCAUGCAGUCCAGUGUCUGAAAACUUCCUGUCUGAGUCACAUUUGGAAGAACUAGCACACCAUUACAACAUUGAUUUAAAGACAGAGGAAGUCAUGGUAGCAAGGCACUUUUUGACACGUAAAAAGCAAGCUGGUGCAGCUCCACAAGACAUGGUUUCACUUUAUAACCUGCUGGAUUCUGAAAUGUUUCCAUCACUGAAAUCUGUCAUCCAGGUUGCCCUCACUGUACCUGUUAGCAGCUGUUCGUGCGAGAGGUCUUUCAGUGCUCUUCGCCGUCUCCGCAACUGGCUAAGGAGAACAAUGGGUCAGAGCAGGCUCCAUCAGCUGGCAGUUAUGGCCAUCGAGAAAGAUGUUGUUGAGCAAUUGGAUCAUGAUAAAAUUAUCAACAGGUUUGCUACUCUUAAGGAGAGAAGACACAGGUUGAUGCUCCCAAUGAAAGACCAGUAACUGGGCUGCAAGACUGCUGCUUCUCACCGGCUGCUUCUUCAUUUUGGCUUGUUUUUCCAUUACUUCUGAUAGUUAACCACAGCCCCCACUUAAUCCAUUGUCCAGCCUCAUACCUGUUGUUUAUAUUGCUGAUAUGGAUGAUCAAAGUUUAUGGCUUUUAUGUUAUUUUCUGGUUAAAAUGUUAUUUAAUUUUGUCAGAAAAAUUCCUAUCUGAGGUUUGUAUGUGAGCAUAGAAAUGCAAACAGUAAAAUGUUGUGUUUGUACUGGAAACGUGUGCGUGUGUUUGUACAGUGAAUGAAUCAGGUGGUCUUCAUUGUAAAAUAAAAAAAUCAACAUUCCCUAUUUUCUAGUGGUCACAUCCAAUAAUUAUUUUUUUAUUACAGUGUUGUAUAUGGCUCAGUCAGUACUCCUACUCCCAUAUAUGAAAUACAGGGAAUACAAUGGAAUAGUGGAUUGCAGUAAGGUUAGUAGCAUACCACCCUACCCUAAUAGUCAAAUAAUAUUUUUUUAAUCAUACCCUUAUUGGGGGCUGAGCCCCCCUAAAAUCAAAAUCCUAGAA